UUCAAAUGUGCAUUUGACGGUCAGUCUGAAGAUGGCUGCAAAUCGGGUGGGGAGACGUUAUAACAAUAAAGUCCACUCACCGAACCGAGGUGCCGGCAGGGAAGCUGGACUGAGCGUGCAGAAGAGACAAGCGCGUGUCACCGUAAAAUAUAACAGAAUGGAACUUCAGAGGCGCUUAGAUGUGGAAAAGUGGAUAGAUACUGGACUUGACGAGCUGUAUUUGGGAAGGGAAGAGGAGAUGCCUGAGGAAGUGAACAUUGAUGAGCUACUGGAUCUAAAGAGUGAUGAAGAGCGGACACAGAAGCUUAAGGACAUUCUUAAUACCUGUGGUAACAACAAAGAAGUCUUCAUCACAGAGUUGGUGAAUAAACUUCAUGGCCUCCAGAAACAAGAGGAUCUCCACAACAAUGGGAUCGAACAUCCCCAGCUUCACAUCUUCCCUGACCGCCAGGUAUCCUCUGACAAUGAGAGACUCUGAGCACCCUCCCAAAUAAACACACACAUUACUGAUGGCUGGUCAGUCUCCUAUAACAAACAUCUGGACAACAUCAGCACAUGUGUACAAAAAGGGACCUAUUGCAGCCGGGUUGUAAAGAAACAAAAAAAUAAAAUAAAAACCCUAUAAUUUAUGUAGCAGCCAUGCAUACAUGUAAGCACAGAGUAAAAUACAGAUACAGACUGUUUGUGUGACUCUUGGUAUUUGACUAAAAAUGCCAGACCACUUCAUUGACAUGUUAUAAGGAAUCAUCCAUAUUUAAAUUUGUGUUAGUAUGGAAGAAUGACACACUGUGAAAAGUGAAUAUGUGCUAUGUGAAUAUUUGUUAACUUAAGGAGCUAUUUCUACCUGAUCUUACCUUAAAAAAAAAGUCUGUCAUUGGUGUAACCCAAUUUAUUAAUUUAGAAGUUACCACAUGAAGUACAUUUUUAGGUUUAGGUUUAAGUGUCAAAGCAUUUUUACAGUGCUUGCUAUCCCUUUUUAGCAGUUAUUUUUCCUUAGAAGUGUCAAACCACGAGGAUUGACUUUUAUGAAGAAGAAUCUGUUGAUUGUUAGAUUAGAACGACUGAGAUACAGAUUUAACACUUCCGGGCCAAAGAUUGUUGUCACUACUUUUUAGAUUUCAAACCAGUUUUAAUAAUUCCCUGUUGUGUUAUUUAUAUCUGUAGUUAGAUUUUGUUGAAUUCUUGAAUGUCAGUAAU